ACCAGUUUCCUCAUGGUUUUCGUGCGCUGAGGAACUUGUGCAGUGCCUGGAUGCCUCCGAAGUGAAGGAGAUAAAACCUGCGGCGAUAAACCAAUGGGAAGUGAUGUUCUUUGGUGGAGUCGCUUAUCUGUCCGACUGGUGUCUGUAUGCUUGCUGUAUGCAUCAGUUGGGAAGCAAUGUCAGAUCCAAAAUGAAAUGGCUGACUGCAGUCACCUAAAGCUGACUCAAAUUCCUUCUGAUCUCCCGAACAAUAUAACGGGUUUGGACAUUUCUCAUAAUCAGCUAAAACAGCUAGGUCCUGCAAAUCUCACCAAGUACAGCCAGCUGGUUUACUUGAAUGUAGGCUACAACAGCAUCUCUAAACUGCAACCAGAAUUGUGCCGAAAUGUGCCCCUGUUGCAGAUUCUGAAGUUGGAACAUAAUGAAUUAUAUAAGCUCCCUGACAGAGUCUUUGCUUCCUGCACCAAUCUGACUGAGCUCAAUCUAGGAUACAACAGAAUAGAUAUAAAAAAUGAUCCUUUCAAAUCCCUGGAGAAUUUGAUUAUUUUGGACCUAUCUCAUAAUUAUUUGAAGUCAGUAAAUUUAGGAUUGCAGCAACAGAUGAAGAACCUUCGUGAGCUCAUGUUGAAUAGCAAUCAAAUCACUGAGUUAAAAAAGGAUGACUUCAGUUUUCUCAGCAACACCUCAUUGAAAAGUCUUGAUUUGUCAUCAAAUCCACUGAAAGAGAUUCACAUAGGAUGUUUGCAUGCAAUUGGAAACCUGUUUGGUCUUGUACUGAAUGAUGUUAAUCUUGGUGAAAAUCUCACAAACAAACUUUGUACGGAAUUAUCAAACACAGCGAUUCAGAACCUCUCACUGAGCCAUGUGAAGCUUUCAUACAUUGGCAAGUCAACUUUCCAGGGACUGCAAGGAACAAAUCUUACAGUUUUAAACCUUUCCCAAAAUUCUCUGUCUGUGAUAGAAGAUGACUCAUUUCAGUGGCUUUCAAGUUUACAGUACUUAAACCUGAAGCAUAAUAGCAUUCAUGUAUCUUCACGUUUAUUUUAUGGAUUAUCCAGCCUCAAACAUCUGAAUUUGAUAAAUUCACUUAGUGGGAAAAUUGAAGAUUUUUCCUUCCAUUGGUUAUACCACCUGGAGUACCUUAUAAUGGAUAAUAACAAUUUUCCAGGAAUUACUGCUAAUAUGUUUACAGGUCUGAACAAUCUGAGAUACCUGAGUCUCUGUAACUGCAACAUAAACUUAGCAAGAAUAACUAAUAAAACAUUUUCAUCACUUGCUAAUUCCAGUUUGCAGGUUCUCAACCUCACAAAAACAAGAAUCUCUACAAUAGAAAGUGGGGCAUUUUCCUCCUUGGGACACCUGAAAAUUCUCGAUCUUGGUCUCAAUGAAAUUAGUCAAGUGCUCACAGGUCACGAGUUUAAAGGUCUCAAUAAUAUACAAGAUAUUUAUCUUUCCUAUAAUAAAAACUUGGCUUUGCAAAGUGAAUCAUUCAUUUUUGUCCCAAGCCUUAGAAAACUGAUGCUGAGGAAAGUAGGUUGCAGUGAUCUGGCACUUUCUCCUUCGCCUUUUCAUCCUCUACAAAACCUGACUGUCCUGGACAUCAGCAACAACAAUAUAGCAAACAUAAAAGAAGACUUGUUUGAUGGACUUCACAAACUUGACAUUCUGGAUUUGCAGCACAAUAAUUUAGCCCGACUUUGGAAACAUGCAAAUCCAGGUGGCCCUGUUCUUUUCUUAAAAGAUCUUCCCAACUUGCGUAUUCUUAAUUUAAAAUCAAAUGGACUUGAUGAGAUUCCAGUUCAGGUUUUCAAGGGCUUGUUUCAAUUAAAAGACCUAGAUAUGGGAUCAAAUAAUUUGAAUUUGCUUCCAGCAACUCUGUUUGAUGACCAAGCCUCUCUGAAUUCAUUGAAUCUUCAGAAAAAUCUGAUAACUUCAAUUGAGGAAAAAGUGUUUGGCUCAGCUUUCAAGAACUUGAGAAUACUAGAGAUGGAUUCCAAUCCAUUUGAUUGCACCUGUGAAAGCAUUGCUUGGUUUGCUGAUUGGCUUAAUGUGACCCAAGCAUAUAUACCUGGAUUGAGGUCCCAGUAUAUUUGCAACACCCCACCUAAAUAUCAUGGUAGUCUGGUGUUGCAUUUUGACAGCUCAGCCUGCAAAGACAGUGCUCCAUUUAAACUUAUGUUUGUGAUCUCUACUACUAAUGUGAUACUACUCAUUUUUAUUGUUCUUAUCAUACAUUUUGAAGGAUGGAGAAUAGCUUUCUACUGCAAUAUUGUAGUAAAUCGAACACUUGGUUUUAAAGAACUUGACAGACAACAGGGAGAGUUUGAUUAUGAUGCCUAUGUUAUUCAUGCAAGACAGGACAAGAACUGGGUGUCUAAGAAUUUCAUCUCUCUGGAAAAAAAAAACCAAUUUCAAAUUAGGUUUUGUUUAGAAGAACGGGACUUUGAAGCAGGCAUAUCUGAAUUUGAAGCCACAGUUAACAGUAUGAAAAAGAGCAGGAAGAUUAUUUUUGUUGUGACUGAACACCUCUUACAGGAUCCCUGGUGCAAAAAUUUUAAGGUGUAUCAUGCUCUUCAGCAAGCUAUUGAACAAAGUCGGGACUCCAUCAUCCUGAUCUUUCUUCAGGAUAUCCAAGAUUACAAAUUGUAUCAUGCACUUCACCUGAGAAGAGGAAUGUUCAGAUCUCGAUGCAUCUUGAACUGGCCAGCACAGAAAGAACGAGAAGGGACUGUCCAGAGGUUCCACAAAUCAGUGUCUUUCUGGAAAAGGUGGAGACUCUCUUCCAGCAGUUUUUGAGAGAAAUGUGCAGGAAGCCAUCGACAAUUACACCUGUGGAACGCUUUCAUCACUUUCAUCUAGUGAUUGUACAACACCCACGGAGUUGAAUAAUUCUUGGUCUGGAAUAAAGAGCUAUACUACCGGUUUGUCUACUGAAAGAAGUUCAGUUUACUCCUGGAGGGAUGAUGAAUUUGAUAAAGCCAACACACAGAGAGUCCAUCAGUUACUUUGGGAGAUUGAUGAAAUGCUGUUUGAAGGAAAAGUGACCUCCCAAACUCAGAGCCUGCAGGCAGAAUGUGCAGACUGGGUUGAACGAUUUCCUCAUAUAAGGGUUCUAGGAAAGCAGCUCCUAUUGCCAAAGGAUGAAGGCUUUCAGCAUUUUCAGAGCAGAAGUGACACCUGUGUGGGUACCAAGUGUUUACCUGGCCUCGGUGAAUGUACUAAUAAUAUAAAAGAGCUCUGCAUUUCAGGCUCUAAACUGAUCCCAACAGCAUCUCCAAUACAUAAAUCACUAGAUUCAAGUUCCACUAGGAUUUCUGCCCCUGACUCAUCCAUGUAUUCAUUCCUGGAAGAGGAAAUCUAUGAUGUGGAUGGAAAAAUAGAAGAAUAUUUUGCCUUUGACAACAAGG